AUGGCCAUCAAGGGGAUUUUACUUCUUUGCUUGUUUGGAGCGGCAUUUUCUGACAUAGAUCGGCGUCAGUGUGACCCGGAGAUGAAACAACAGACACCGACUAUUUGUUCAAAUUAUAAAAACACUGUAUACCUAUAUGAUAGAAUUCAGGAACUUACAGAAAAACUAAUUAUACUGAAAACCGAGGUAACUGCUGUGAAAGAGUCUUCAGAGAGGAACAACAAUGCUUUAGAAAGGUUAGAGCAUAAACUUUCAAAAGCACUAAAAGAAAACGAGAGCAUGAAGAUACAAAAAAAUGAAUUCAAUGACAUGAAGAAACAGCUGGAAGAACAAACUACCGCCAUUGCUACCCUGAAGAGUGACAUUCAAAAACUGAUCAACCACAAAGAAAGAUUACAGGGAAACUUCAGUGAGAUUGAAGACAGACUUGACACAACGGAGCGACUGCUGGAGGAAAAGAGAGCCCAGCUUGAAAAUCUGGAGACAGAAACUGAAGCUGCAUUGAAUGACACCAACAAACUCCUGCAGAUGUACAAGAAUGAACUUUCCCACCUAAACACAACAAAACAGAGCCUUCAACGUGAGAUUGAGGCCAAACUGGAUGCCACAAAGACAGACCUUAAAGCUGAAAUCAAGGAAAUUCUAAACAACACUGAAGCUUUUAGCACAGAACUGAAUGAGCAAGAAUCUCAAGUUGGCAAACUUAAGGAGAAGACUGACUACAGAUUCAAGAUUGUUGAUGAACAGCUGAAAACACACAACUCCACAGUGAACAACCAUGAAGCUGAAAUAAACCUGCUGAAGGAACAAACUGCAGUGGCAUUUUCAGCAACGAAUAUGGAGUCUCCUGGUGUGUUCACUGGACCCACUACUUCCAACACCAGCAAUAUUUUGAUCUUCAACCAAGUCUUCACCAACAUUGGCGAUGCUUACAACAAUAAAACAGGAAUCUUCACCGCUCCAGUGAAGGGAGUUUACCAGUUCACCUUCAUGACUUUUGGUUACUACACCUACACUUCAGGAGCCAUCUUGGUGAAGAAUGGACAUUAUCAGGUUAGCACCUGGGAUUUCACAGGACCAGAUACCAGUGACACAACAAGCAACACGGUAAUUCUUGAACUGGAUGUGAAAGAUUGUGUCAACAUCAUCCUGUGGAGAGGUGGAAAAGUACACACAAGUGUCUUCAGUGGGUUUCUCAUUUUCCCAGUGGAAUAG